GGUGGAAAACCCUCCGAGUGCCUUCUCGGCGGACGAGGUUUUGGCAUAGUAUUUUUCUCAGCCCUGGCGGCCGUGUUGGUCAUAGCGACGUUCCUGGAUGUGUGGAGCCAGUGCUUUCAACAGCAGGGACUUCGGACAGGUCCUGUCAAGUACCUGCUGGUGUUCUCGGUCAGCCGCAACCUGCAGAAGCUCUUCCACCUGGACAUAUCGAAGAACCCUGGCGUUAUCUCCUGUCUACAUGGAAUCAGGUUUCUGUCCAUAUGCUGGGUCGUGUUGGGUCACCAAGUAUGCUUAUUCUAAUUUAUCUCGCGUCCAAUCCCACCGAAUUACCUGAGCUGGUGAAACCCGCUGCUUUCCAGAUGAUCGCUAACGGAGACCUGAGUGUCGACACCUUCUUCCUCAUGAGUGGGACACUAGUAUGCCUCAGUGUGUUGAAACAGAUGUCCCAAACGGGGAAAUUCAACGCGGCUCUUUACUACCUGCACAGAAUUAUCAGGCUCCUGCCUCCCAUCGCCAUGACCGACGCUUUCCUAGCCACAGUGUCCGGCCUCUUGGUGACGGGUCCUCUCGCUGGCCUCUACCGUAGUUUCUACCUCAAGGGCUGUCGUCACUCCUGGUGGAUGGACGUCACCUUCAUCAGUAACCUGCUGUUCCCGUACCUCGCCGACAUGGGGAAGACGAACGAGGCAGCAACUUGCCUGCCGCAUUGUUGGUAUACUGGCGUCGACACACAACUGUACAUACUGGUGCCGCUAGUUCUGCUACCACUCUAUUAUCGGAAGAAACAAGGACGCCUGUGGAUGGCCUUCUGGACGGCCGCCUCCCUCGCCGUUCCCACCGUUCUGAUCGGCGCGUACGACCUGUGGCCCGCCAGCAUGCUUUCGUUAGACACCGAAGCAAGUAUACAGUAUAACUACAAGGUGUAUCUCAUGCCGUGGUGCCGAGCGAGCCCGUACCUGGUGGGACUCUGGACGGGCUACAUCCUUCAUACGGCGAAGAAUUCUCCCGAAUACAUGAAGCUUACGGCAAGUCAAGUGUGGGCGGGAUGGGCGGCAGCGACUGGCGUGGCCUUGGCUGUGGUGUUCGGCAUAGCGCGGUACAACGACCCAUCGCCCGGCACCCCGCAGAUGUCCCUGGCGGAGGCGGUGCUGUACGGAGGCCUGCAUAGGGCGGCGUGGGCGGCAGCGGUGGCAUGGGUGGUUGUCGCUUGCCACUGGGGGUACGGGGGUCCGGUAGACUGGUUCCUUUCCCAUCCAUGCUGGCAACCCUUAAGUCGUCUCACUUACUGUAUCUACCUCACAUCUCUACCGAUACAGUUUGCUCUCCAGUAUUCUUUAGUACGGCCACACUACUACACAAAUCUUGCUAAGAUACAAGAGACGUGCGGUGUGCUUUUCAUCGUGAUCUUAGUAUCGGUUGCCCUCACGUUGGUCUCGGAGUCGCCAGUCCUAGGCCUUGAGAAACUGCUUUUGAGGCCUCCAGCACCAACGAGGUAUGAGACGCCAAUUUUGAAACCAGAUGAGCUGCCAUCUGCCAGCAGUACCGACACCGAGGAAUGCUCAGCGAAUGUCCAAAGUGAGGAUGGCCCGCAAUGUGAACAAGUACCUGGUAACGCUGAUUCCGAAAUUAGUGAGCUUAAAUAAUGGCAAGGAAAUUAAUGCUGAACAUAGACAACAAAUGUUAAUUAAAAUUCAAUAUAUUCCAUAUUUAAUUGUAAUAGGUGAGUGAAAUAAAUAUAUAUAUAUUUUA